AUGGCUGAUGAUGUAGCGGUAUUGAGUUGUUUUGCUGACUUGACGCUUUUCAAAUGUCGCGCCGAAGACGAGUGUUCUUUCGCCGCCAAGCAAAAGCCAGAUUUCGACGAACAUAUGCAGACGCACCAGUCAAAUGCUGAUAGAACUUGUGAAAUGAUAUCAACCGAAGACCUUUCUCCCGAACAAGCAGAAGAUGAAGCGCGCUAUCACAAUAGCUACAUCUUAGCCAGGGUUGAAGAGCAAGUUGUACCAGAACAGGACGUGUACAACAUAGAUUUACCUCCGGAAGCAUUAGUUGGGCGGUCUGAGACAGUGGAACAAGAGCAAUCGGAGUUUGAAUUCGUACAGCUGCCGCCUGCAACGCCCGUUGCCAAAACAAACAGAAGCGGCGCUCUUGUCGCGAAAAAGUCAGCCAGAGGAUCCGUCCCACCACCAGUGUCAACGGAAAACAAAGUCACCUGCUACCUUUGUCCCGGGGUUGUUGAGCUGGAAUCCGCCCCUCAACCGCCGAUAAAGCCGCCAAAGUCACGGCCAAGGUAUUCCCUAGAUAACUUGGAUGUGGCUUGGCUCGAGCGGGCUAAUCAACAUCGUGUCGCCGCCAGUUUGCCAACACUUACUGAGGACGAUCUCGAGACGAUUAUCGACGAGUUUGAAACGCAGGCGAAUUCCACCAUUCGGCAAAAAUGCUCAAACAAAACUGUCAAAUCCAUGGAGGACAACUCGGUCUGCGAUGUGUGCCGAAGUCCGAAUGGUGAAGACGGCAACGAGCUCGUGUUCUGUGACGGCUGCGAUAUCUGCGUCCAUCAGCAUUGUUACGGAAUCCUUAAGAUUGACGAUGGGGAGGAUUGGUUUUGUCAACCAUGCAAGGAAAACCUGAAGCCGAAAUGCUACUUGUGCUCUCAGCACGGCGGAACGAUGAAAAGGGCGAUCGGCUGGGAGCGGGUUGCAACUUCAGCUCCAUGGGUCCACAUCCAGUGUGCGCUGUGGAUCCCGGAGAUCACAAUGACUGAUCCAGCACGGAUGGAAAAACCUGACAUUUCGCAAUUGCCUGAGUCCAGGAAAUCGCUAAAAUGCACAGUUUGCUCCAACACCGUCGGGUGUGUCCAGUGUAACAUAAAGAAGUGCUACAAAAGCUACCACGUCACUUGCGCUGUGCGUUCUGGUCUUUCAGUAAAAAUGGAGACGAAGGGAGGACGCGUCAAUCUUUUUCUUCACUGCGACAAGCACUCGGAAACGAAAUUGGACGAAGUUAGAAAACGUAGGACUUCAAUCGAUCAACAAGUCGACGAAGAACGCCGUUUUCUUGAAGAGAACUUCUUCACUCUUGUAUCACUCGAACAUGCGAAGAAUCGCCUCACGAGUUAUUCCAUGGAUACUCUUGACUGGGUAUUCGAAUACUGGCGAUUGCGAAGACGCGCAGGCGGCAACCAGCAGCUUUUCAAUGACAACGAUGUUGAACCAGAAGCAGCCACUGCUGAGCAGCGUUACAGACGCAUUACGCAGCUCCGAUCCGAUCUUGAGCGCUCUAGAAACCUGCUUUGCCUGAUUAUACGCCGGGAAAAGAUCAAAAAGCAAGUUCUACGAUGCGAUCGAGAAAUCAAGCUCAAGGAGAUGAAGUUCCUUGGUUCCAAAGUUGAACUAUCUGAAUCCACCAAAUCAGACCUUAAACGUAUGGACAUGGAGUUCAGUAAGGCCGGAGAGAAGCCAAAGACGGAGGCGGAUGAUGCUGCUGCUUUCUUGGAAGAUCUUGACGCACCUCCUGAGCCAGUGAAAAAAGUCCCUAUCCCAACGCAGCCUCCAAAGCCUUCGCCAAAGCCUGCACCAUCUGCUAACGCAAUCAUUACUAAUCGCCCACCACCUCAAGUCAAAGUUGAAUCAAAAUCAGCUGAACAAGUUGAAGAAGCAAAAGAGUCAAAGCCGCUUGAGUCUAAAACUGAACCUGUACCUGUUCAAUUAAAGAAAGAAACAACACCCGAAGUUAUCCCUCAGCCAGUAAAAGGCACGCCUAUCAAGGGAUUCAAUAUGAAAAACGCGGUUUCGGUUGGCCAAUUCAAAGUCGUGCAGGGGAAAUCCAAGAUCCUGAGUGGCAACGCUCGACCGCUCAAAGGAUUUAUCAGACCUACUAAUCCCUCAGUCUCACAGGCUCAGUUGAACAGUCCGAGAAUGAAUGGCCCGAGCAUGGACGGCAAGACAGUGAUCGGGACCAAAGUUGUCGGUGGUCAAAACCAACCUGUCAUCAUGGAAUCGUCCCCAGGAUUCCGCAUGACGCGACCGCCAGUGGUUUCAGUGCCCAGCCAGAUCCGUAUGCGAUCUACACCGCCCAAUAUAAUGAUUACUCCGAAAAUGGUUGGAGGGAAAGAGGUUCGCCUUGUUACGCCUAGUUUCCCAAAACCUAAGCCUGGAAGCCGUGCUAGACUCGUUAGACCAGAAGUCAGACCUCAAUCAAACCGACCAGACGCUCAGACUCCUCAAGUUCGAAAUACACCACCGGCAUCAUUACCUGCUCAGGCUACUCCACCGCCAGUUCAACAUUCAUCUCAACACCCUGCUCAUCAGCAACAAGGUCCAAGCUUUCAAGCUCGAACUCCAGUUCGCGGAGACGCGAGCAAAGCGCCGAAUACUCCACCUGUCUCCAAAGCCAACGUCAAACCAGGCCUUAUCAAGCUUGGAGCAUUUGCGAAGGGAGCAAAGCCAGCAAUGUCCGCUCAAGAGCCUAAAGAAGCUGCACCAGAGGAAAUUUCCACUCGUCAACUUACUGAACAGCUUCUAAAGGUUGAUCCACGACGAAGGAGUCUUGGAAAGAGUGAUGAUAAGGCUCCGGCUAUGAACAACGCCACGAAAGAAAUAUUCGACAAGUUCAAAAAGCUCGACAGCGAGAAUAAACCAUCUCCAAAACCCGCUGACAAGAAGAAAUCGAGCAAUAGAGGCAUUUCAUUCGGAAACUUAUUCAAAAAAGACAGUAAGAGUGAGACCGGGAACAUGAUGAACAAGUUCAAAAACAUCUUCAACUCUACAAAAUCAAAGCAGGAUAGUAAGAAAAAGCUCACGCCCUACCAAAAAGCGAAACAGAAGCAAUCUACAACAGUUUUGCCGUUGAAACCUACCCGAAUUCCCCAGGAAGUCAAGAAGGCGAAGUCAAUUACUAAAACAGAGCAAGCUAAGGCAGAAAUUCGGGCGCGGAAGCCAUCAACUGAAGUCAACAAUCCUGCCGAUGAUGCGAAAGUAACGGUAAAUGGAACUGUCCAAGAGAAGAUCCAAGAAGUUCCAAAAGAAAAUGGUCUUCCAAUAGAAGCGAAAAAGCAAGAACCAGCGCCAAAACUGGACGUUAAUGAUUCUAAAAAGAUCGAUGUUCCUCUUGUGCCUGAAAAGCCACCUGUUCCCGUUAACGACGUAAACGCAUUGAAUGAAAUACCACCGGAAGAGCAAAUCAAGCUCUGCCAGCCGCUGAAAGUUUUGGUUGAUCGCCUUCCGAAUGAUUCAGAAAAGGCAGCAGAUAUCAUCAAUCGUUCAGCAUGUCUAUCGCCUAAACGAAAGCACUCUUUAGAUCACCAAGGUCCACCAUCAAAGCAAUCGAAGAAAGAGACGAACGCGCUCGAUGAUGUUGCUAUCAACAAAGCUGCCGAAAUGCCUACAAAGAAAGAGCUCGAGGCACCCAAAAUUGAUGCUUGUCCGAUUAUGGCAGAACCAGUAUCAACAUUGACUCCGCCUCAGGCUGCUGACGAGCCAAAGCGCGGUUCUCUCGUGGAAGGAUUAUUAAAUGGUAGUCCCAAGAAGGUUGAUCUGACGGCUAGACAAGCAGUCAAAGACGUCGAAAUAAAGACGAAUGAACAGCCGGUCAUCUCUUCAAACAAAUUACCACUCUCUCCUCCAGAUGAACCAGACCAGCAAAAGAUCGCUAUUCCUGAAGUUUCCCAAUCUGUUCCUCCGUCGGAUGGCAAGGAAAAUAGUUCUGAAAUAGUUAAAACUCUCGGUAUCGAGAAGAAGCAUGUUUCUGAGGAGAACAGUGGUUUUGGGCCAACGUUAACCGAAAAGCAUCCAGAUGAUAAGGCGAAAAAGCCAGAAAUAGCAGCUCCGAAAGUUCAGGAAAAACUUCCAUCUUCUCCUGAAAAUGAAGACGACGAUUUACCAUUAGAUUCUUUGGUACGGCGGGACUCAUCGAAGAAAAAAGACGUUGAUCCUCUUGAUGAUCUUUUCCAGCCAGCCAUAGAAACGCCUGUUUUCGACAAGCCAACCAAUCCACUUGCUAAGGCAAGUACAGCUGCAGAUAAAGCGCCCUCGAUCUUCCCGAACGAAGCUUUAUUCUCUUCUAUGCCGCCCGUUUCAACUCCCAUCAGCGCACCUUUGACAGUAACAUCGUCUAGUGCUCCUAUCUUGCCCGCGACUGAACCUGCUAUCCCAGUUUCGUCCGCCGCAUCUUCUGAAUUCAAUCCCCUUGAUGAGCUUUUCGGUACAGGUGCAACAGCGCCAUCAACAUCAUCGAAGGACUCAAUCUGCGACUCAUUCAACCCAUUAGAUGACAUCUUUGGAAGUAGCGAGCCCUCAACAGCAGCAAAAUCGACUGGACCGAGCACUGAAUUCAAUAUCACUGACUUUAUCGACUUGGAUCAACCUUUGCCGCCUCCAAAAGUUCUGUCAGAGCAGGAUAUGAUGAAAACGCACGCAAUGCUGGCAAAUAUCAAAUCCGAGCCCAUCGAUCCUAACUACUUCAGUCAGCCAGCGGCCUCUGCUCCACCUCCAGUUCCAACACCUGCUCCUCUUAGACGCCCUUCAUCUGAGACUUGCCCGCCUUCCAGCAAGGCAGCUCCCGCUGUUCCACCAAUUCUGUCGCCCAGUGCGAUCCCGGGUUCUUUACCUGCGAGUGCUCCUCCAAAUUCUUUAUUAUCCGAAUCAUCCGCGCUCACAAAUCCGUCCGUAAGGACUACUACCACCACUCCGCAUAUUACACCAAGCAACUCAACGGGGCUCAUAUCCUCCUUACUAAAGAAACCUAUCGAUCCAGUUCCAGCGUUAAACACCGACAACUCCUCCUUUCAGGAUAUCAUCAAAUCAAUGGUUCAAGGCGUCCACACGCUCAAUGACAAAGAAACACUUGCCCGACACGUGUCUAUGCUCAUCCAGCAAGCUCAACCGUCUCCCCAAGAGAUGCUCGCUAGAGCUCAAGCGCAAUCAAUGCCUGUUUCGAUGCCACAGCCCAGCUCAUCUUCAAUGAGCAAGCUUCAAGCGCUUUUAGCCAGUCCGAUUGAGCCUUUUCCGCAGAACAAAGUCAAUCCAUUUGGCGGUCUUCAUCUUUUAAACUCGCUGAAGUCCCCGCCAUCGUCAUCAGCUGAGUCAAAAGCUCCCUUUCCUUCUUCGCUUCCCUCUCCAGCUCAGGUUGCCGCAGCACCUAAGAUGCCGCAGGUACCAAAGGCAGCUCAUCCGAAUAUCGUGACAAAUCCAAAACCGCCAGCGAAGAGAAAGAACAGCACAACUCGUUCGGAGCAAGUUCGCAAAAAGCUCACUGACCUUCCUCGGUUCAAUCCCCCAAAGAAGCAGCAAAAGAUCAUCUACUCGCCGACUGCUAGCUCGGUUCAAGUUUUUGAAACGCCAACGGAAGUGAUUACUAUCAAACCAGAGAAUGAGAAAUUCUCCGAGUCCAAGAAAAAGCAGGCUCGAAAGAUCUCCGACGAGGCUUACCGUCCUGGUAUCGCGCCUAAACGAGCUCGAACAAAGUCACCUAGUCGUCGUAGUCGCAGUCCUCGUAAAGGCGGAGAAAGCCCUUCCAAGAGCCCCUAUAAACUGCCAAAGAUAAAAAUUGCAAGAAAUCAAAAAGGCGAGGCAGACGGAAAGUGGAGGAUCGAGCCUGUCUUCGUUUGCAGCGUUCCCGAGUCUGAAAUCGACUGCACCGCUUUGCUUGACAAACUGUCAAAAAGAAGGUCUUCCGUGGCACCUCCUCCCCUCCAACGAGCCCCAGGAGCAACAAACUUGCGAUUCGAAAUCAAGAAGGCCCCCGAUGAUCUAGUUGAUAGUAAACAAGCAGAUGAAUUGGAGAAGAAGCCUAUCAAAAUUACCCUACGAGUUCCAAAAAUUAACAACAACCAGAGUGCUGGUUUGUUGAGUAUGCCUCCUCCCCCAUCUGGCCUCAGGACGACACCCAGAAAAGGAGCAUCUGCCGUCAAGUACACAGACCCGUGGCCGACAUCGGAUAACGUAGUACAUCGAAAAGUAACAAUGAGUUUGCCUGGAUUCGUCGCCAAUGCCGCAUCUGCCGUCUCCGAUGACAUCACCGGUGGAGCAAAGAUCUCGAUCAUGCGAAGGAGUUCGAAAUACAGUAAGCUCAAUAAGGAAGAAGCUUACGCUGAAAACCAGACUCGCGAAUACGCAUGGAAUCUAAAAAAGGAAGCCGAAGUUAUCUGGUCCAAAAAUAAGACCCAGGAAAAGUUUGUCGAGUUGAAAGAAGUCAUGGACUUGCAGAGUCAUUCUAAAGACUUGGUACGAAUUGUGUUUAUGAACCGAAUCCAGGGUCUUAUUCUCACAGCCAUCUGCGCAUUUAUUACUUUUAAAUGGUUUGUUAUCGGACUGAAGGAGAGAGAUGGUUACAAUUGCCUCUUGCCGCCCAGCUACAAUUACCACCACGAGGGAAAUCGAUGGCAGACGACGAAUUGUUAUUACAAGUCGGUCACAGUCUGGCACCUGAUGACUAUGGUCCAAUUUACAGUUUUCUGUGCAGUUUUCGUGUUUCAAGCUGGCUUCUUUGUUUCGAAUAUCCGCUCAUGGAAGAAAAACUAUACCAUGCUUGAAUAUCUUCCACUAGAAGGCGCUCAUCAUCUCAAAAAUCAAGGAUCCUUAUCAGACUUACAUCUGUUACUUUCACUUAUCUUCGGGCAGAAUCAAAAUGCUAGAAAGACCAUCGGCGUUGGAUCGAAGGUUUUGGCGACGAUAAAUAACGAAGAAGAAUAUAGAUUUUUGCCGAUUCUGACGGAGAUCAUCGUCUGGGGAGCAACGGAUGAAAACGUAGAUGACCUCGUGGAAAAACUGGUCAAAGAAUAA